CUGCACACCAGUUGACCGCUUGCGGACAUUUGAUUCGUAUUAUUAUUUAUCACUAUCCUGUGCAGUUCAUCUGUAAUUGCUAGUUUAUGAUUUCGUGGAAUACACAUCCCUUGCAGCCGUCUCUCAUAUACUUGUGCAUCCGCCCCACGAACAGCCAACUGAUCGUUUAUUAGACACGUGUGGGUAUUUGAUGUGCACGAGUCAGCAACACAACGUGGUCGAGAUCAGCCCCAAUCCCAUAUCAGUACAAUGAGAUCUGACUUCAAAAUAUCAUAACCGGUGCGACUGCUCCACGACGAGCAGACGGAAGCUCAAAAAAGGUUGCAAAGAUGCCACCAUCCACCGUGUUCUCGUAUUGGCGUCGCGAUCACCGUCGAAUAAGCCCGAUACCUGGAUCAGAGUCACCCCUGGGUUUAUCCCCCGGUAGCUAUGCAGACGCACCACCCCAGCUUCCAGGCCUUCCUCUAUCUACCGCACUGGGCGAUUCCCUAGUCGAAUCGACAACCCUCCCCGAAUCCUUCCCUUCCGCUCCCGUCUUCGAGCAGCAUGUCCGAGAUAUAGGCGAGGACCAGGCGCUAGCUUUUGGGUUGAGCUCGCAACAGUCCCUGGGCAACCUCAGAGUACCGUCAACGUCGACAGACAACCUUGUGCGUCCUCAUUCAAGCCCAGGCGACGGCGACGGCGACAUAACACCAGACGGGCUUUCUCCGCAAACAAAUCAUCUGCAGCCGCCAUCAGCCCUCCCCUUGAGACCUGAUCUGAUGCAGACGAAUUCUGCGAAAACGAAUGGAACAUGGCGUUUGGGAUUCAAACAAAAUACCCCGACCCAGCACAUUGAGCACAAGGCUAGCCCGCGGAACAAUACUACGGCGAAGAAUUUGCGAAUAAACACGAAUGUCGAUGGACUGUCGGGUUUUGUUGGCGGAGCAUCCUUGAAAGGAUUGGAGACUAUACAACCCCCUCGACACGAUGGCCUUCAUCAUGAGCAAUCUACAGAGCCGGCUCAACAAAAGCAAAGAAGAACAAAGCUCCACCUUCUAAAUCCUAUAUCGCUGCUGGCACACCGGAGAUCAUCACAGAUAGCUAAUGCGCGACUUGACGAUGGAAAUUUUGGGAUUCAAAAUGUAGUCCCCGCCAUACCAGAUGACUAUGACCCUAGAAUUCGUGGCAAAAUAGUGCAUGACUUUUCAGCGCCGCGACCACGACGUCAGAUGGCCGGUGCGCCUAAUAGCAGAGAGCAGUCUGAAGAGGGCAGUACCUCAAAUAAGCGAACAGAGCAACGAAAACGCCACAGCGAAUAUUCCCCCGUCUUUAAGGAACACUUUGGGGAAGACCGCAAAGUUCUACAAGUCGAAAAUAAAGGUUACUUGCAGUCCUCCUUGUUGACAGACUCUAACCUAGGUAACCAUGACCCGUCUGAUCUACCAGCAUUCGCGCGCAAACUACCAGCAAAUGUUCCGGAGAAUAAUAGUCAGUCUAUUGAGCCAAAGACUGAGGCUUCCGAGCCUGUAUACUCCACGCCAUCCAAGCGCACUUCGCCUCCGUCAAAUCCUCGAAAGUCUACUGAAUCCUCGCGGCAUGCUUCCAGUGUUCCUAUGCGUCUCAAGAGCGAUGCUUCGAGAUUCAGCUUUGAUAUGGGUGGAGUUGGGUCAUCUGUUCAAGAAAAGCUUUUGGAAGAAAAGCAUAAAGAGAAGGAGGCUGCGCGUAAAGACAAUUUCCCGCAAAGUCGGUUCAGUUACAGUGAUUUUGACGAAGAUGAGUUCGACUAUGAUGCUAUGGAAGAUGACGGAGGCUUCGAAGAGAGGAUCCCUGGAGUCAAUGCAGACGCAGAAGAUGAUGAUCAAUUCAGUGACUUUGCUGGUGUUGUGAAAACUUCCGAGCCACUGUUUGUUCCUGUCCUGCCUACCAUCGCUGCCAGUCCAAUUAGUCCUAUGAAUCCUCAAAUACCCCUGCUCAAAACCACCGUUGAUGCCCAUGAGGGCUCAGCCAAUGCAGUGCCUACUACUGAGACUUUCCUCCUCGAUGAGACCCGUUCAUUGUCGGACUAUGGUGACGAAGAGGAAGAUGAUGGAAAUGAAAUGGGCGUUAAAUCAAAUCAAGUUGCCGAAGCCGAAUCUGAAGCUACUGCAGCUACUAUGUCAAACAAAGCUUACAUGAGUGAAUCACUUUCCCAACAAGAAGACGAUGACAUGUAUUUCAAUGAUGGAGAUAUUGACGAGUUUAUCACUGAUGCAAAUGAGGGAACCUUCGAUGAAUCUAUCUUUGAUGAUGAAAAUAGCGAAUUAUUUGGGCGCCAGUUCUACCCGGGCACACGCAUCCCAGCGGCAAUUCAAAACCCCUCUGGAGGAAAUCUCUCCCUCAAGUCGAACGAUUAUGGUGCUGGAAAAAAUGUCAAUAUCCGACAUGUUCCAAGCCUAGUGAGCGAAUUUCGGCCAGAGUCAUGGGAUAUUCAGAACGAUAUAACAAUUAAGCUCUCCAGCGGAGAAAUGCCGAAGGCUGCAAGCGGCGUGCUUUCUGAACAUAAUCUAGAAGCCUUCCAUAGCGCUCUAGCUCGAGUGGCUGAUGAUCUCCCACAACGCAAUAUCAGCCUAAGUGAGACAUCGCUAGGACAAGAAAGCAACUCCCAGAAUGCAGACUCCCACCCUGGGCUCAUCUCAGAUGACAGUCGACACAGCCAAAACAUGGCAAUUGACGAUACAAUUGACGAUUUCAAUUACGACGACGACGAUGGAUUUGACGAUGACCUUAUCAUCGCCGAAGCAAACGCUGACGCCUUGGAGCAUGAUGAUGAAGGCUUUUACGGCCGGGAGUUUGGAUUUUACGCACAGUCUACUGGAAACUGCAACGCCCAACCCAUCUAUGGUGGAUACUUUGGUGGCCACAACGGCGGAGUCAUUUUUCGUGAGCCGAGCUUGACUCCGAUUACUGAGAGAAGUGAAUGGAGCACACGCAAUUCGAUUGUCUCGCUCUCAACGCAUGGCCCAGCAGCCGCGCAAGCUAAUCCUUUGGCCAACGCUGGUUUGGCACAGUUGGUCGACUUUGGAAAUAUCGACGAUGAAAUGUCCUUUGAGGCACUGAUGAGGCUUCGUCGCGGUGCUUUUGGUGGCAGUAAUGGCAGCUUGCGGAGCAGUGCUGGCAGUCUCUCUCCCCAGUACGGUCCAGUCGGGCCGUCGAAUCGAGGUAGCUUCAUGAGCAUCCCUGAGGACAGCCCUGUUGACUUGAUGUCCGGCACAGACUUCCCAUCUCAUCCUGUUGAUAGGCUGAAUAGCGGGCAUCACAAUUCUUCUCCUUCAUCUGAAGGCGAGAGUGCCCCCGGAAGCCCGACACUUACCUUUGGUCAAUCGACAAGCGUCAAAGAAGAUGGCGGUCUUGGGAACACCCCCAAGCCGUCUCAUAGCAGAGCCAGCAGUUCAGCUAGCAUCAGCUACAAGCAGGAAACCGUGGAGGAUGGAUCCAAUAAAUGGGUUCUCGAACGACGCAGGACCAGCGACAGCGGCGAGGUUGAAGUCUACCAACGCGAGGUCCUCGAACAAGGUCGGAUUUGAACACUCUUGAUUUAGGGAUGGUUAUUCCACCACUGGUUGCUUCAGCAUCGGCGCAAGUAUUGACCUCCCGCCACGUUAUGAUUGCACGACUACACGAAAUUCACAUUUGACAUUUAUAACAUUUACGAAAUAUCUAAUCGCAACUGUUCCUGCUUUGAAAUAAUAAUGAACGGCGUUUCUGGCGGUUGUCUGAAUUCUUGCGUUCCAUUUAUCGAUCGAUGCUGCGGUAUACAUCGCAAUCUUAUACCGUAUCUAAUACUUUUUCGCUGCAUAUAGUAUAGUAUUUACCACACCAGCUGUAAUAAUCAUUGAUGUACAUAUUAUAUAAUGUUGAAUACACCAGUUCCAGAACA